ACCUUUCCGUGCCCGCAGCUCUGCGGGGGAACCGGCCCGGCAGCGCGGGCCCUCUCGCGUCUUUCCGCCCUAACACAGUGCGGCGGGAGCCCGGGAGCGGGGCGAGGCUCUGCAGCCGCGAGAGCCACCCGCCUGCUCCGGGAGCUUUGGGCUCGGGAAAACUUGGAAAGGGAGUCUAGUCGGCGUCUGAGCGCCCGUGCGCCUCCCAGGCGGCGGAAUUCCCUGGCAGCGCUCCAGCUGCCUCUGCGGGAAACGCGCUGACUGCGCAGGGAAGGGGAAGCGGAGUGUCCAUGUGACAGCCUGGAGGGACACCCGAGGGGAUGCUCCGCAUCCCGGUUCUCUCUGAGCCUUAGGAGUCAGGUGCGGAAAGAGCCGCUGUGGGACAGGGAUCCCAGGGGAGCAGACGUUAUUGAGAAAACGAGACUGUACGAAUUCCCAGCUGGACGAAUUUUCUCCCAUCGGGGACUGGCGCUGCUCGGCACCUGCACCAGCGAUUUAGAGCUGCACAAACAACCCAGAAUCCAGUGUUGCAGCUCGGUGCCCGGGGGUUAACGAAGGGGCUUCAAGAAAAAGUGCUUUACGAAGGCGGUGGUUCUGCGUUGCCCGUGCCGGAUCGCGUUGGACCAGCUGGGAUGGCGCCCGGGACAGCAGACGCAGCUGGGCGACCCUGACUCGCCUCCGCUGCCCCUCAGCGCGAUCGCGGGGACGCGCGGCUCUGCCUAAGGCUCCCCCGGUGGGGCCGGGGCGGGGCCGCGCGCGGCGCUCACCAUAGAGCGGGUGGGGCAGUGCGCCCCCCCCGCCCCCAGCGCCGCACUUCCGGUGGGGGUGCGUCACAUCCGGGCGGCGGAGAUGCCGGUUAAAUCGAAUAUUUGCGCAGCACAGCUUCUUGCAGAAGGACCGCGGCACUGUGUUACACUUAAAAAAGUAUUAAGAGUAAGCAGGGAGUGUUGCUCUCUGAAUUAAAAAUCUGUGCCUUGCUGAGGUCAGCUGCAGGAAUCGGACGCUUGAAUCAAUGUUAUCGGAUGAGUUAGAAUCCAAACCUGAGCUGCUGGUUCAGUUUGUUCAGAAUACUUCUAUUCCACUGGGGCAAGGGCUAGUGGAAUCGGAAGCAAAAGACAUCACAUGUCUUUCUCUCCUUCCUGUUACUGAGACCUCAGAAUGCAACAGACUCAUGUUGCCAGAUGAUGAAAGAGAUCUCACUUCUUCAAGUCACACUAAUUCUUCCAAAGAUGUUUCUUCAUCUGCUGUCUUGAGAAGCCUGCAGGUGAACGUGGGCCCUGAUGGAGAGGAAACAAGGGCACAGAAUGUACAGAAACCAUCUGAACUUCUGUCAGCUUCAGAGACUUCCGGUUUAUUGCAAGACCUCCAGCCCAGUGACAGCACUUCAUUUAUUCUUCUCAACCUAACAAGAGCAGGGCUGGGGUCUCCAGCAGAGCACUUGGUGUUUGUUCAGGAUGAAGCAGAAGAUUCUGGGAAUGACUUUCUAUCUCAUGACAGCACAGACAGCAGUACCCCAUGGUUCCUACGAGUGCAAGAACUGGCCCAUGACAGUUUGAUUGCUGCCACUCGAGCACAGCUCGCUAAAAAUGCCAAAGCAAGCAAUAAUGGUGAAAAUGUUCAUCUUUGCUCAGGAGAUGGGCAGCCAAAAGACUCUACCCCUAUUCCUCAUUUAUCUCGCAUGGAAAGGAAGCUGAAGUGCACAGUUGAGGGCUGCGAUCGGACAUUUGUGUGGCCAGCUCACUUCAAGUAUCAUCUGAAAACUCACAGGAAUGACCGUUCCUUCACCUGCCCAGCAGAAGGCUGUGGGAAAAGUUUCUAUGUCUUGCAGAGGCUGAAGGUGCACAUGAGAACUCACAAUGGUGAAAAACCCUUUGUGUGCACAGAGCUGGGCUGUGGGAAACAGUUCACGACAGCUGGGAAUCUGAAGAACCACCUAAGAAUUCACACUGGGGAAAAACCAUUUCUGUGUGAGGCACAGGGAUGUGGUCGCUCCUUUGCUGAAUACUCCAGCCUUCGGAAACAUUUGGUUGUCCACUCAGGAGUGAAGCCACAUCAGUGCCAAAUUUGUGGGAAGACGUUCUCCCAGAGUGGUAGCAGAAAUGUGCAUAUGAGGAAACACCACUCCCGAAUUGGAACCACUGGCAGCAGAGAUCGAGAACAGCCAGAAUCACUGGUGGGCAGCAGUUUGCUGGAAGAAUCUACAGUGCACAGCAAGAACCUCAUCUCCAUGAACUCUCAGCCCAGCCUUGGUGUUGAGUCUCUGCACCUACCAGACACAGAGUCUAUUAUUGGAGUAGAGGAGGGUGAGACCAGCUGCUCUUUUUUCCGCCCUCUUAUAUGUGGUGACUGAAGUAGGAUUGAUCAUUCCUCCUAGAGGCUCACCAUGUCGCAGCGGGGUGAGUGAGUGAACAUUGCUUUAACUGCGCACAGAGUAGGUGGGUGGAUGGAGAAUGAACCAUAAAACUGCACUUGGAGAAGACCUGCCGGACCAAGUUUCUCUCUUGCAGAGCUCAAAAGGUGAAGUCUGCCGCUUAGAUGUCAUUUAGCCCAUGUCAUGGAACGCCAUUUCAAAACUGUUUAUGCAGUCCAUUCUCCUAAAGCCUUUGUUUUGCUGGAGCACGUAGGAGCCUCAGUGAAGGACCAGGACCUCAUUGUGCUAGGCACAACGUUCAGUAUCUUGAGCAACAGGCCUUCCUCCCAUCUCUUACCUUCAGAGACUAUAU